UUCUGAAACACACACAUAUCUCUCUCUCUCUCUCUCUCUCUCUCUCUCUCUCUCUCUCUCUCUCCCCCUCCCUCCUCCCCUCUUAUCUUACCUAUUUCUGAGAAUAUGCCGUGCUUGUUAUGCUGUAAUUGUUUUGUAUCUUAUGAUCCUGUUUUAAAGUUUAGUCAGCAAGUUAAGUGUACUUAUCCUUCUUGUUUGUCAACUGGCUGUUUCUUGAUAAGUUUUAGUUUCCUUGAUAAUAUAAUUGCCAAACCCUGCUAUAUGUGAAUUCAUGUAUCUCUAUACUUCAUGCCCAUUUUCACGUUUUAGCUUGAUCUUAGAAUUUCCUCUAUAAACUGUAUAACGGGUCCAUAGUUGUUUUAAAGGUCUCAUCUUUGUAGGAUUGUUAAGGGCUUCUUGUGUUUGGGUGGAUACCCAUUUGUUUAAACUUGUUCUAAACCUGUAUAAUCACUAUUUGACAAAUGGGGUGCCGUGCUAUUAAAUUUGUUUGGUUGUAUGUUUCUUCAACUCUCUAUCCCUUGAAGUUUUGAAACCUGGCAGACAUAGUGUUAGAUCACCUAAUUGAUUAGUGGACUACUUGGUUCCAUCAGUUCGCCUUUUGCAUAUGUAAAAAAGUAAAAUAAUGAUGAAGGUGCGGUGAUGGAUCUGAAGUGUUUUAAAAUUAAUUGUUGAUAUUUUAAUUGGAAAAGAAAGUUAUAUUCUUUCGUUAGGCUCGGUUGUUAAUCACCGAUAAAUACAAUUGUUAGUAUCAGCCUAGUCAUGGUACAGAUUGAAGUUGGAAGAAACCAAUCUUUUCCUGAUUCACAAUCAUUAAAAAAUAUACUGUCAUUUUUUAUGACAGUAUAGGUAUAAUAUUAAGUAUCGUGAACAUUCAAGAAAUUUUGUCUCGAACUUGCAAGUUCUAAUCAAUGGCCACCACUGAAUCCAUUUACACUUUGGAAAUAAUGAUCUAGCUAUCUAUGUCUCUGGGUACUGUCCACUCAAAAACCUUGAGUUGAGCCUUCAAGUCUACCAUUUGUAUCUAUCUUAUAUCUGGAGAAGUGUCAUCGAUUUGAAAGGUGUAAAGAUAUAAGAGAUACCAUAUUUCAUUUGGCUUAAUUUGUAUUUAUAGAUCCAUAUAUGUAUAGAGAGAGAGAGAAUGAAGAAACAUUUUUCCCAUUCGGCGGGAUCCAGAAUGCUAUUUGAUGGGAUCAAGAAGGAUAUUUGAAAUACGGUGUUAUGCUACAAAGAAGACUAGACUGGUGGCCUUGGCGCAGGUAUCAGGCUACUCUGUCCAUUAGUUUUGUGUUAAAACUUUCAAAAUGGCUGAUUAUUACUGGAGGCAUACCGCAGGCAGACAACCUGAUCUCCCCCCUCUCCUCGAGCUGCGCCCUUGCCUCAAUUCCGAUGUUCGUGGUGCCCAGGACUAUAAUGGCAGUGAUGGCAGAAGAGGAGCCCAACGUGUUAUGAGAGCGGAGGACUCUCUGCGAGCAUCAAGUGAUUAUUGUUCCUGUGGUGAGAUUCUUUGUUUUAACAGUAGAAGUGAGGUUACCAUUCCCAUUGAUGAUCACAGCAUCAUGGGUAGUGGAGGCUCAAACCCAGCGAUGGCAGAACUCCAGUUGGUGGGAGGCAGUGGACCUGAGGGUCUUCUACCUCCAAAUGCCAGUUGUACUUUGUUUGUAGAUGGCUUACCUCAAGAUUGCUCUCCCAGGGAAGUAGCUCAUAUAUUUCGCCCCUUACGAGGUUACAAAGGCGUUAGGUUUGUUCCCAGGGCGUCAAGAAACUCUAAUGAUGACCCGUUGGUGUACUGUUUUGUCGAUUUUGAGAGCCCAGGUUACGCAGCCAAUGCUCUGUAUUGCCUACAAGGUUAUGAAUUUGAUGAACAGGACCAAGACGAUGUUAGAUUGAGGCUGGGUUUUGCUCACUUUGUUCAACGCCCUGGUGCAACGUCAGUUGAAUAGUAUCGCGGAAGGAGUUGAAGUAUGCAAUUUGACAGGCCCACUCUAGUCGGGGAGAAGUACUAUUAUGAGCAAAGUCACAGCAACUGGCGAUUUUCUGGUGGGUUUGUGAUAUCUGAGAGAUGACUUGAACACCCUUUUCAUUCCCUUUCUUUUCCUUAAUCUCUUUCGUUGGCUAUAUUUCAAUAUAUUAUCGGAUUGUGUAAAAUGGUGUUGGUGGAAGUGUCUUUGUGGUGUUUUGGAGUGGUAUUUCUCAACAUGCAGUGGCAAAAAUAUAAAUCUAUACUUUUUAAGGUUUUCUUUUUUUUAGUUUA